GUUUCAAACUGCGGGAGCCCCGAUGCAUCCCAGCGGCUGAACCGGACUCCGACUCGCGGCCAUUUCAGUGCCCAGCGCCCCAGCGGCCACGAACUGGCCAGUGGCCGGCGCGGCGCUCUUCGCCCAUCUUGGGGCAGAAGACAUUUCCAACCCUGCGCGGGCCAUGGUGAAGGGCCACUGUAACUCACUGAACUAUUCAAAACAUCAGCUGAGAGAUGAAGAUAUUCCUAGCCUUCGACUUUCACAGGAACAGCGGAGCUAUGUGGAGAUCGACUUCUCGAGUAACCAGUUGACCUCCAGAGGGUUGGAGCCCAUCGUGAAGUUCUGCUGUCAAUGCCCCGAGUUGCGGGUCUUCAAGGCCUACAAGAAUGAGAUUGAUGAUGAUGGGGCCUGGCACAUUGCCAAGCUGCUAGAAAAAUGCGGGUCCAUUGAGGAGAUCCACCUCUCCCACAAUUACCUCACGGCGAAAGGUGCUCGGAUGAUUGUGCGCGCUGCGGACUGGAACAGAGACAAGACGACGUCUCCCCUGUGGCUACGCCUGGAACAGAACUGGGUGGGAUCUCCCAACGAGGUCCUUCGGCUCAUGGUGCAGGAGUACAGCGUUUGUGGCCGCAGCGACGAGUGGCGCUGCAACGUCCGACAUUGCUAUUGGAAGAGGAAUAUCCACGUGCCCUUUCUGCACCUGCAGCGUCAGGAUGCUUUAUGGGAAGCGGAAACCACCACCGCCACCACCUACAAGGCCAAGUACUACUCCGAGACUUCUGACAGUUACAAAGAUUAUGCCGCAAGAGCCUGGGAAGUCGAGGAGGAAUCCACUUGGGAAGAGAAGGGUCGCUCCCGCUGGGCAGUGAAGCAAGAGGCAAAGGCGGCGCAGCCGGAAGUGAAGCCUGCCGCGGAAGAGAACCCUGUACGUGAAUGGGCACGCACUGUCAGCCAGGUUUGGGCACCAGUCCAACCGAAGGCGGAAGUUGAGAAGCCCAUGGAAAAGACUUUGGCCCUUGGGGGACUUGGGGGGGUCUGGAUCGCCAAGGACGUGGACCCCAAGGCAGAUGAGCCGAAAGAGACCAAGAAAGCGAAGGCUAAGGCAAAAAAAGAGGAACCCAAGAAAGAGGAACCCAAGAGAGAGGAACCCAAGAAACUGGAGCCCAAGAAAGAGGAGCCCAAGAAAGAGGAGCCCAAGAAAGAGGAGCCCAAAAAAGAGGAGCCCAAGAGAGAGGAGCCUAAGAGAGAGGAGCCCAAAAAGGAAGAGCCUAAGAAGGACGAACCUAGGAAGGAAGAGAAGAAGGAGGCAGACCCCACGGAGGCCGAAGUCAAGGUGGAGGUGAAGACGGAACCGCGUUGGGCCAAGAAGGGCACGAACCAAAUCCAGUCAGGCGGAGGUGGCAACAACAAGAUGCCAAAACAAACUCCAGAGGCCGGCCCCAUGCCCGUGGGCCCGGUGAGCGUACAACGACCGGAUUCCGGUGCAGUUGCACCCGCGAGCAAGCUCAAGUUGGUCAACGUUUCUCAGGAGCCAAUUCUCGCGACGAAAGGUGACGAACGGUUGGAGCUCAAACAGCGGGCGGUGCCCAAGCGGCGCCCGAACAGCUCUCAAUUUGAAGAGGUGGAGCACAAAAGCCCCUUUUUGGGCUUCCGGAUCGAACCACCCAGGGUGCCACUGCCGCCCAUGAGCGGAGGGUUUGCCGACGAAGUUCCUCAGGAGAGUCAGGAGAGGCUUCAGAAGGCCACUGGGGCAAAGAAGGAGAUGAUCCAAGAGGAGGAUCACAAGCAGGCCGGGAAGUUUAUGGAGGCCUUGAAUGCCAUCAUCAAAGAAGAUUUGGAGCCGGAACGCCAGUGUCAUGCGAAGCUUUUCGGGAGUAUGAGCACAGGCUUCGGCACACAAGGCUGCGACUUCGAUGUGGUCAUUUCAAUGGUGAAUGCUUCGGAGGAGAUCAAUGCAGCCGACAUUUUGAUGAAACUUAGGAAAAUUCUGUUGGAGAAGCCAGACUUCGAAGUAAAGAACAUCAUCCUGUCAGCGCGAGUACCCAUUCUGAAACUGGAGUAUGGCGGUCGCGAUGUGGACAUUUCUGUGAACAAUGACAAGGCGCUGAAGAACUCUCGCCUUUUGCACGCCUAUGCGCAGCUGGACCCACUCAUCGCUGAGUUUGGCAUUGCCGUGAAGUUAUGGGCCAAAGAUGCGCAGCUGUGUGGCGCCAAGGAUGGGCAUCUGUCCUCGUACGCGUUUAUCCUCAUGGCGCUCUAUUUCCUUCAAGUGGGCAGUGGCGACCAGAUGCCAUCCUUGCAAGAGGGCCUCGAUGAAUCCUGGGUGGAUGAUGAAGAAGUCUUGGCAAAACGAGUCAAGCAGGUGAAGGAGAAGUGGAAAAUGACUACAGACGAUGUUUGGACUCUACUUGCAGGCUUCUUCGCCUUCUACGCCGGCUCCUAUGGGCCUAGAAAUGCAGCAAAUCCAUUUGUUUGGGGCACAGAGGUGGUCUCUAUCCGCUUGGGUACGCGCUCACGAAAUCUGCAAGCUCCGAAGGCGAAGGAGUUCAGCGAGUUGAAAGGACGAGGCCACGUUGAGCAUUUGCACAUCGAAGACCCUGUGGAGCAGAGUCGAAACUUGCGCGACGUGCUGAGGACGGGCAAUGAGGAGCUGUUGCUCCAGGAGAUGCGUAUGAUGGAUUUGGCUUGUCGACAACAUGCUCAGCAGAUGAUUAUAGCGAGCCACGCGAAGCUUCCGGACUUUAAUGGGAACUUCGCGAUGCCCAUGGCAACGCCUUUUGGGAUGCCCCCGCCACGGGGGCCCUCGCUGCCUGCGCCGCCCUUUGCACCUUCGAUACCCCCGCAUGUGUGGCACCCGGGCUUGGCCUUUCCUGCGCCACCUCCCUUCUCAACCCCUGCCCGGCCAAGGCCCCAUAAACGGGGCAUGUGACGGCCGACGAGGGUGAUCGGCACCUGACAUCCUUCACCGCGCCCUGGACGGCGGUCGACCUGGUACUGAAUGCAAAUCGGAAGGGUCCAAGAAACGCAUCGAGACUUGUAUCAUGCAUGACUAUUCAUAAAUCAUUUAGACUCUUAAGUUGAUAAGAGCCUAAGAGCCUCCUAUAUAAUAUAUAUAUAUGGAUUGUUUAACAUGUUUUCACAUGUUGUUUGAUGAAGAGUCUAAAGUCUACAUUGAGAACGUCAGCUCAGCUGACCUCGCAUUCCUGUUCACCCCGACACUUGCGCGGAAAUUUAUCUCCUGUCUUGCAACUGUUUCUUCACUCCUCAAGGACAUGCCAAGCACGUAAUUACAUGGUGAUUUUUGUUUGACCUACCGGCUUUAAGUGUGGACCCAGCAUUUGGAGCUUGAGAAACUAGAUCGCUUGAGCUCUUGAAGAGGAUUAUGGAAAUGUAUCCUGUGCUCUCAAACGUUUUCACAGCAUGUUCCGUUAUGGAACUGGGAUGUUUCUAUGUCUCACGUGUUGAGCACAGCUGCAGCUCAACUGCAUAACUGCCGGUGAGUAGGCAGUAGGUGUGCAAACGUACAUCGCCCCACCAAACUCCGAACUUGUUUUUUGUCCUGGACCCAGGACCAGGCCCAGCAAGCUUUAGGGCGGCCCUCCCCGAUAUCUUACUUGAUCCGAUUGUGUCUCAUCACUGGUAAGUUGAGUCUGUGCAUUUCAUGCUGUUCACUGUGUUGCUGUUUGCUGCGUCCCCCAGCAGCUCCACACAUCUCAGGUUCGAGAGGCUGAACCGGCCGAGGGCCUGAACUCACGGCGAGGGUCUGAACAACACCGGACCGUGGCGGAAGGACAUCCUCCGAUGCUUCGAU